AUGUUUUCUCUUCCACCUGAAGCAAAACUUGAUGUAUUAAAAUGCUUUACUUUUGAUCAAUUAUCCUCUGUUAAAUUGACAAAUUCUUACUUUUACAAUUCAAUUAAUAAACUUGAAGAAAAAUUGUGCUAUCGAAUGAAAUUUAAUCAAAUCUCAAUAGUAAAUAACCAAAUUUUCCUCUAAAUUGAAUUUUAGUUGGAUAUAUACACUAUCGCACAACGAUUAAAAGAAUAUAAAGUCAUUAAAUCUGUAUCAGAAGCUAUUCAAUAUGAAUUGACUGAUUGGGUUAAACAGAAG